CAAAACCUAUUAUGCUGACAGAACAUUGAUGCGAGUCGAGAAAACCACAUUUAUUUACAUCGGCGAAUUCUCAAUCUUCACAGUUCACUUCACACAUAAGAUUUUGUUGAAACUUUGAACUUCCCACAUCAAAUUGAAGUACAAGACAUGAUUAAGUCAGAGAUAGAAAUGGAUGAUGCUCCAAUUUGCAAGUGCUAGUAAUUCUAUUGGUGUUGGUGAUUUCCACAACUGAAGCUACUAGCGGUAGUAGCUAAGUACGAAACGUAACUACCCCAAAAGAACAUGAUGUCGUUGUUGUAUUGGCCAAGCAGAAGGGAUCCUGAAUCAUACACUUUGAAGGACCUGAUGAUGAGCUGUGAUGAACUCGUUGAAGUGCCAAUACUCAUUUAAUUCAAGAUACAGUUGCAACCUCAAAGUGCACCUAGUAGAAGAAAAACAAGUAGAACUCUGACAGGAGCCAGUGAUCUCUGUGAAGUACCAUUAACAACUGCCUCAACGCACCGUUAGCAACUGACUCAAGUCGGGCCCCACUGUGGUAGCAGUCAUCUAGUUAACUCCCAUUUCCAUUCUCUCUUCAGUUCUCACUCGUCAUACUCCAGUACAUGAUUUUCCAUGUCGACUAAUACCUCACGAACCCAACUUUCUAUCAAUAAAAUCAACGAAUCCCACAAAAUCUUACGAGUUGCCCUAAUUUCAAGAAGUCUUCUUAUAUCUCUAAUCACCUUAUGGAGAUCUCUACUCAGUCCUUACGAUACUUCAGCAAUAUUAAACCCUAACUGUCUCUCUUCAGAUUCUUACACUUCUUCUAAAUUGCCUAUUUGGCCUAAAAUUGGAUCCGCCAUAGAAGGAAGUAUUGUGUGGGAUGGAGUUUAUUUCAUCAGGAUCGCUCAAUGUGGUUAUGAAUAUGAACAGACCUAUGCAUUUUUCCCUCUUCUACCCAUUUUUAUUUAUAUACUAUCUCGAACUGUUUUUGCUCCAUUGGUACCUAUUAUUGGAUACAGAGCGGUGUUAGGUUUAUCAGGAUACUUCAUCAAUAAUGUAGCAUUUUUGCUUUCAGCUGUUUACUUUUACAGGCUUUCAGUUAUUAUUUUGAAGGACAGUAAAACUGCAUUUCGUGCAUCCAUGUUAUUUUGCUUCAAUCCAGCUUCCAUAUUCUAUUCAUCGAUAUAUACAGAGAGUUUGUAUUCUUUAUUUUCUCUCGGUGGUAUAUACCACUUACUAUCUGGUGGAAACACUAUCGCGGUGCUUCUGUUUGCUCUCUCUGGUGCUGCAAGAUCAAAUGGUGUGCUUAAUGCCGGCUAUAUCUGUUUUCAGGCAAUACAUCGGUCUUACGAUGCUAUCGUCCAGAAAAAACGUAUUGGGUUGGCUGUGAUGACUCUUAUAGAUGGAGCUUUGCGAUCUCUAUGCAUUUUUGCCCCAUUCGUUACUUUUCAAGCUUAUGGAUACCACAACCUUUGUCGGGGGCUCGUAUCAGAUGAAAUGAGGCCUUGGUGCAAAGCAAGAGUGCCUUUUUUGUAUGACUUCCUUCAAGGCCAUUACUGGGGGGUUGGUUUCUUGAAGUAUUUCCAGCUGAAACAGUUGCCCAACUUUCUUCUUGCGUCGCCUAUACUAUCUUUGGCACUCUGUUCAAUUGCACACUAUGUGAAGUCGCGGCCUGAAAUCGUUUUUUCAUUGGAUUUCCGAGCUUCUGACAAGGAAAAGAACUUAGCUGCUAUUCUAUACCCUUCUGGAGUAAAAGGAAGGUUGAACGAUAUUCAGGUCUCAGCGAACUUCUCUUCUGAAGUCCUCAAAGAAAAUCCCACUCUUAAACAGAGGAAAAAGAUGGGCAAAGAACGAACUCUUAGUUCUUCUCUAGACACUAUACCAUCAGAGAACGAUGAAGUAGUUCCAGCAAAGUCAGACUAUGCUUCCAUAUCAGUUCUUCCGUUCGUUCUACACCUGGCGUUUAUGUCAACCACAGCAUUUUUUGUGAUGCAUGUUCAAGUGGCAACUCGCUUCUUGUCUUCCAGCCCUCCUCUGUAUUGGUUUUCUUCGUAUUUGAUGGCCUCCUAUGGCAGAUGCGCAUAUGUCAUUUGGGCAUACUCUGCGGCAUACAUCCUUCUUGGGAGUUUACUCUUCUCUAACUUUUAUCCCUUUACUUGACUCACUUUUCUGUAUUAUCAAUUGUAGAUUAUGUGUAAUAUCUUCAGUUGUAUGAAUUUUGUUGGUAAUUUUGAAAAAAGCCCAAGCCAUUCCGGAGAUAAUCAUUCUUUAGAUGGCUGCACCUGAGAUUUGUGAGUUUUCGAUGGACUCAUAUGUGUCACGUGCCGUGCCUACCCCUUGUUAUUAAUUUCA